AUGGACCCUUGGACUCCAAGCUCCUGGGCUUCGAAACCCAUCAAGCAAGAUGUCCCUUACAAUGAUGCCAAAGGGGUUCAAGCAGCUCUGGGCAAGUUACAGAAAUUGCCUCCUUUGGUCACCACCCAAGAGAUCACCAACUUGAAGAAGAGCUUGAAAAAUGUGGCAUUGGGCAAGGCCUUCGUACUCCAAGGAGGAGAUUGUGCGGAGCUGUUUGACUACUGUAAUCAGGAUAUGAUCGAGGCCAAAGUUAAGCUGCUCUUGCAGAUGAGCUUAGUCUUGAUUUGGGGUGCCAAUAAGCCAGUCGUCCGUAUUGCACGGAUAGCAGGGCAAUUUGCCAAGCCGCGGUCGAGUCCCAUGGAAGUUGUCAACGGUGUUGAGAUGCCCUCAUUCCGUGGUGACAACAUCAAUGGCUUCGAGGCCACCCUGGAGUCCCGCACCCCAGACCCAUCACGGCUGGUCUCCGCAUACUUCCAUUCCGCCGCCACACUCAACUACAUGCGCGCAUCACUAACCUCUGGUCUGGCUGAUCUGCACUCCCCAUUGGACUGGGGACUCGGUCAUGUCAUCACACCAACCAUCAAGGAGAAAUACGAGCGUAUCGUCAACAGGGUCAAGGACGCCCUGCGGUUCAUGCAGACUGUGGGGAUCGACACCGACCGCGGUGUAGAAACCGUCGACAUCUACACAAGUCACGAAGGUCUUCUACUUGAAUACGAGCAGAGUCUAACCCGCCUUUUGAAAAACCCAGCCACUGAAACUACCCACCCUGCACAAGCCCCCGGGGCAACCACAGCCCCUGCACCCCCGCAAAGCUACUUCGCUACAUCCGCCCAUUUCCUCUGGAUCGGAGACCGCACCCGUCAACUCGACGGCGCACAUAUCGAGUUCUUCCGCGGCAUCGCCAACCCUAUCGGCAUCAAGAUUGGCCCCAGCAUGACCCCGGACGAGCUCGUGCGUAUCCUCGAUGUCGUGAACCCCACUCGUGAAAUCGGCAAAGUUACUCUGAUCUCCCGCUAUGGUGCACAGAAGAUCAGCCAACAUCUUCCCGGUCACAUCGCCGCCGUCCAGGCCUCCGGUCACUUGCCCGUCUGGCAGUGCGAUCCCAUGCACGGCAACACCCAAUCCACGCCCUCCGGCGUCAAGACUCGUCAUUUCACCGACAUUCUCUCUGAGCUGCAUCAAGCUUUGGAAAUCCACAAGACAGCUGGCUCGUUCCUUGGUGGCAUGCAUCUUGAGUUGACUGGAGAGGCGGUCACGGAGUGCGUUGGUGGUGCUGGCGGUUUGACCGAGGAGAACUUGAGUGAGCGGUACACGACAUUCUGUGAUCCCCGGUUGAACGAGAAGCAGGCAUUAGAGUUAGCUUUCUUAGUAGCUGGGUUUUACCGCGAGAUGGACGAAGAGACGAAUUCGAUCUAA